UGAAAUUAACCUCCCUGUUUAACAACGCCAUUACGAAUGCGGAAGAAAGAAUGGCUAUGUCACGUAGUUUCAAAGAAUGUGGAAGUGAUGAAGCUAGGGAUGAUGAUGAUGAUCCAGACAAUUGCUCUCAUUGUGCUACCGAUGGAAAACUGCAACCAGCAUUGUACUUCUGUUUUAAUUGUGGCGUGUAUGGUAGAUACAUGUGUGGCAUUUGCCUGAAGCAACACAACCGGUUUGUGAAGAACCAUGAGAUAGAAAAAAUUGCAAAUAGAUCAGCCACUAAUAGAUUAGAUUAUGAGAACAAAAAGACAAUGAAAGUUGAAAAAGAUCUUAAGUCCAAAGAGGCAGAGGUAAUGCUGUUAGAGGAACAAGUCAAUGAAUAUUCAAAGGUAAACCAAUGUCACCAAGAAAGAAUUAAAGAUUUGGAAAUUGCAUGUCAAAAUUUGGAAAAAGAAAAAAAAUAUGGUGAAGAAAUGGCAACUAGAAAUUUAGAGCACUUGCAAAACAUUCUUAAAGACGGAAAAAAGACAGCUGCUGACGAGUACAAAAAGCUCUUAGCAAAAAUGGACAAUUUACAAGACAGGGCACAGGAAAAGGAUUUAAAGAUUAAAUCGUUGCAACAUUCAAAUGAAGAGCUACAAAAAGAAAAUGCGGAUUUAUUCACUGAUUUAAAGCAAGUUAAAUGGGAGAAUGAAAAUUUAUCGAAAGAACUCAAUGAAUGUAAAAAAGUCUUAGCUCUAGAGGGAGAAAAAUUUGACCUGAAGACGAAAAUACAAGCAUGUGAACGUGAUACAAAGAGAAAGGGAAGCAAGCUCAUUUUCAAAGGAAAAGAUGAUACACACACAAGAUAUUCAAGACCAAGGGAACUAUCUGAUGGCAAGUUACACAGUUGUGAUAUAAGAACGAUAGAAAAUAAGCUUGUUGUGGGUGGUCUUGAAAUUGGCAAUAAAGGAAGCUGUUAUGCUUCAUCCUUAAAACAAGACAGAUAUCCUUUACUUGUGCAAACCAACAAUGCCUGGGAUUGUCAAAACGCCGGGAGACUUUCAAAAACAAAUCACUCUGCCGUGUUAUUCGAUGAGAAUAAACAGUUUCAUAGCUUUGGUUUCGAAGCACAGACAGCUUAUGUACACUUAAUGGAAGAUGAUGAACAUCACAAGUGGUUUUACUUCGAAAACUUUACAAAAGAGAUUUUUAACAAUCAACAGAUAACACGGAAUAUAGAGAUUGAUGAUUACAAAGGUAGGAAGAUGAAAGCUAUUGACGUGUUUGGUGCAGCCAUUAAAUAUCUAAAAGAUCAUCUGCUAGACCAGGUUAACAGAAGAUUGACGGGUGUACAGAACAAUGACAUUCACUGGGUUUUGACUGUGCCCGCUAUAUGGACAGACUCAGCUAAACAAUUUAUGAGGGAAGCGGCAUAUUCGGCUGAUAUUACAGAAACACAGUUGACAAUUGUCACAGAACCAGAAGCAGCAAUUGCAUUCUACCAAAUGCUGGAACAUAACUCAUUCAACACGAUAUCCAGUCCUGGGACAAAAUGUAUGGUUAUUGGUCUUGGAGACGAAACUGCUGAUUUCACUAUAUUGGAGCGUCAGUCGGACGGUGGGAAUAAGGAAAUCAAAGCCUCAACUUGGACAGCAUGUGGUAAAAACAUGGUGAUAGAUGAAUUUCGUAAACUCAUCCGUAACAUAACAGGUAACGAAGCCUAUCAGAAAUGGAUUGACGAAUGUGUUUAUGAUCAAAUUGAUCUGCAAGAUGAGUUUGAAACAAAAAUUAGUACAAUUCAAACUGGUGAAACUGGGCUCAAAGGAUUCAGAGUUCCAGUUUCAAUAAUUGAAGCAUUCGAAGAAGUAAAUCAUGAAAAUAUAGGGGAAGCUAUAGAGAGAUCACAAUAUAAAGGUAGAAUUAAAUGGCGUAGUAAUAGAUUAAGAAUAGACGCAGAAAUAGUACACAAUCUGUUUAAACCUUGCACUGAUAUUAUAGUAGAUCAUGUUCAACAUUUACUGAAAGAACCUGAGGUUCAAGGAACAAACAUAUUUCUGAUGGUCGGCAGGUUUUUCGAGUCUUCAAUAGUUCGAGAGGCCAUAAUAAAAGCCUUCCCGACUGUUAACGUCCUCAUUGCAGAAGAACCAGGCAUAGUUGUUGUGAAAGGUGCAGUGAUUUAUGGUCAUCAACAUUAGAGUAAAAGUUAGACACUACUGAUUUAACACACACACUGUGUUAAGAUAUAUACCAGAUAAACAUUUUUUUCUAGACUUAAAUACCUGAUCAAAAAGAACUUUUAAAAGAUUUAAUAUCUUUCGUUCUAAUCUAUUUUCACAGUUUACAGAUUUAAAAGUACAUCAUAUACCGUGAACGACACCUCUUAUUUUCUAAAGAAUAUUUUUACGCAACAAAAAAGGAAAGGAAAAAAUAAGCCCCAAAUUUAUUCUAAUUGCACAGAUGUUGCACAUAAGCUGAACUUAAAAAUUACAGCUAAUUAAACGAGAAUUGACUUCCCUUUAAUUUAACUGUAGAAACAAAUAUUAUAACUCUUAUAAUAUUAUAAAUGAGCUUCUUUGAUAUACAUUAGAUAAGAUAUAAUAAUAAAAUAAGAUUUCCUAAAACAUACAGAAUGGUGUAUUGUUAACAUCAAAAAUAUUUAUGUAAGAAAGAAAUAUAUUAUAACUACAUAUAAUCAUUUUCGUUGCUUUUUCAGUCAAGAUUAAGUGUUCUUUAAAUUUAAAGUUUGGAAAUCUUAUUCCUAUUUAAUCUCUGCUGGUAAAAAAUGAAACUUUGUAAAAUAAUGCCAUGACUUUAUGUUGCUUUUGUUUGUUUUUAACAUUUAAGUCAGAUUUCAAUGGUCCAUCCGCCUAACCGACUUUGAUAACUAACUUGUCAUUACCAAUGUAUCCAGGGACGCAUGAUAACUCAAAAGAAGAUUAAGAGUUCAAGAUUAUAUUGUUAAUAUCUUAUAAAAGAUAUGCAUGUAUACAUUUUUGUUCAAACUAUCAUGUAACUUACAUGAGAAUUAUGCUUCCUUAAAUGAUUAUAUGCAUUAAAAAUGAGUUUGAUCUAAAGUCAACAAUACUAUGUUAUAUCGAUGCUUUUUAAUCUAAUCUGGGACAUAGAUCUAAUAUUAGACUUGAAUUAUGAGUGGGUAAUAAUUUGCAUCAAAACUAAGAUAGGUGUCUUCCUACCCAAAGACAUAUUGCUUUGCUAAUCCUUUUUCAAAUUAUAGCAAAGAAUUUUUGGAAACCUUUGGUACUUCACUAAAUUAAGUCCUAAACAUUCAAAGCCGAUGAUUACAAUAUGAAAAGCUUGGGAAUGUAUUAUGUAACUUUAUCAUAUACCCGUGCAGAUUUUGCGACUUGUAAAAAUGGUAUUGCAUGGCCGUGGAUAUGUUUUGAAGUGACGUCAUUUGCAUUAUACUAGCAUAGCCGUAAGACGCACUAAAUAUUAGUGUUAUAUCAUAGGUGCGUUGAUGAAAAAUGAUUCUUUUUUACUUCAAACAGUCUUUAAUUUUUGUUUGUGUUAAAUAGAAUAUUAAAUUUGUGUUAGUUCAUUACUGACUUUAUUGAACUCGUUUAUUAAAAUGAUAUUAUGCUCACCAUGCCCCGUGUUCACAAAGAUUUAAGGAUCAAGAUCAGGAUCAGGAUCAAAUCUAAAAACUUCAAUAUUCUUCAUUGUUUAUCCUCAUAGAUUAAUAUCCAAUAUUAAUUUGAUAAAACUGGACUUGCAAUAGCAAGUUUGUGAAAAUUGUAGAAUAAAUUAUUGUUAUUUUUGCAAGGUACGGGCAUUUUAAAAUUGAUCCUUAUUUUGAUCAGAAUAUUUUUGUAUUUGUUUUGUUAUUUGUUAAUUAUAUCCGAACCCAGUUUGAUUUCUUUGCAAAUCAGCAAUCUUUUACCUCUUGAAUAUUUAUUAUUCAAUUCUAGCAAAACACAAUUAAUUUUAGUAAUGUAAAACAAUGAAAAUAAAAUUAGGUUUUGAUAAUAAUCACUUGAUCCUGAUAUUUUCUUAGUGAACAUAUGGCCAGAAGCUCGCAUAACAUAUUUUAUUCAACGCGUUCAAUAAAGUCAGUAUUAAACCUUUACUCAUUCAACAGCCUCUAUUUAUGUUUGAAGGACAGCUAAACACCCUGCCGCAGUACAUUUAUCAACCUUUGACCGACUUUCAACCUGUUAUUUGUAUUUAUGUAUAAAAUAAAACUUAUAAAAGGAACUGAUUCCAAAAGUGUUUAAACGAAAACUGCAUCAACAUUUGUUUAAUGAACAAACAGCAAACUUUCAAAGUAUUCAAGAGUGUUAUAGUUUUUGUAUAAAUGAGACCUCUCAACCAAACCAAUUUUAUGUUAAUGCCUCCAAAAAAUUUUCGGACUAUUUCCAAAGCAAGACAAGGAACAUCGCAAUGCGAUGCAACCAGGUUUUCAGCAAAAUAUUUCACAGAAGCUUUGUCAUGCAGGGGCAUUUCUUUUAAAGUGAACGCCCGCCCGCCCACCCAAAAUCACAAAACCCUGAUGAUAUGCACAAGGACUCUUGAUGAGAAAGCUUCUGUGAAAGUUUGUCAAAAUAGUUUGUAGGAAGAGGUGUGCAAAUAAGAAUUUGUUCACUUUAUAUUCUAUAUAUGGAACAAAAACAAUAUAUUUCUAUAUAAGGGAAAAAAAUAAAUGGUCAUAAUUACAUGUAGGUCAAACAUUAUCAAAUCUCAUAACCCUGACAACAUGCAGCAAGAGUUGAUGACAAAGCUUCUGCGAGAGUUUUGUCAAAAUCCCUAGAGAAUUGUAGGAGUUGCGCACAGAAUUGCGCAGAGAAGAAGUGUUCACUAUAUAUAUUCUGUAUAAGGAAAAAAAACAAAGGGCCAUAAUUAGGUAAAACAUUAUCUAAUCACAAAACCCCGAGAAUAUGUGCUAUGGCACUUGAUGACAAAGCUUCUGUGAAAGUUUGGUCAAAAUCCGUUGAGAAAUGUAGGAGAAGUUGCGCACUGUAGAAAUUGUUCACUAUUAUAUUCUGUAUAAGGAAAAAAUACACAAAGGGCCAUAAUUCGGUAAAAUAUUAUCCAAUCACAAAACCCCGACAAUAUGUGCCAGGCA